AUGGCUUCGCUUCCCAAGAGAAUCAUUAAAGAGACAGAACGGCUGGUCAGUGACCCAGUGCCGGGAAUCACAGCUAUACCGCACGAGGACAACCUUAGAUACUUUGAAGUCACGAUCGAGGGCCCAGAGCAGUCGCCAUACGAAAACGGAGUGUUCGGACUGGAGUUGUUCUUGCCCGAUGACUACCCGAUGGAGGCCCCUAAAGUGCGAUUUUUGACCAAGAUAUACCACCCCAACAUCGACCGACUGGGCCGGAUCUGCUUGGACGUGCUGAAGACCAACUGGUCGCCUGCGUUGCAGAUCCGUACCGUGCUCUUGUCGGUGCAGGCGCUGCUGGCAAGCCCCAAUCCGAACGACCCGCUGGCGAACGAUGUGGCCGAAGACUGGCUCCAGCACGAGGACGCGGCGAUUGCGAAGGCACGUGAGUGGACCAAAUUGUAUGCGACGCGGCAGUGA